CUUCCGACGUCUCUGGCCUCAAUAUCAGUGCCGAAAAUUAUAAGAAUCUUUUCCCGGAAGGAACCCUUUUCUUUCACCAUCAUGAAGGGGCAAAUUAUUGGCUCUGCAAUCCUGCUCGCAUUGGAUGCAGUGGCUGCAGGCCCUCUUCGGCAUCCUAAUGCACAUCGCUACGCAAGAUCUGCAAUUUUUCCGAAUCAUACAACAAUCUCCACAGCGACCUUUAUGACUUCGUCUACUCAAUUGCCGUCCGACAUAUCACAGUUCAGUACAUCUGCGUCUACUCCAAGCAUACAGGCAUCUGAAGGCUCAUCCCCUUCUUCGGCACUGUCUUCCAACAAUGAUUCCCCGUCAUCUACAUCUCCGAUCUCAAGUAUCCCCUCAGAAGAGGUCUUAGCUGCGGCUGCUGGUACCAGUAUAAUCCCAUUGGUCCCAUUAAUGGUGACCUCAACGGUGGACGCAGUCACGUUCUACCAAAAUGGCAAACCGGUUGCAACCAAACUAGCCACUACGCUGUCCUUUACCUCAUUUUCGGAGGCAGUACAAACUGCAAGCCUCAGCUUCUCCACUGCACCGGCAUCUACAGAGACAUCCACCGGGAGUCUUUCAAGUGCCUUGGCUGCUGCGUCCACGACAUCAGAAGAAGGAACGUCAAGCGCUGCAACCUCCAGUUAUGGGGCUCAAGACUUCUCUAGUAGCUCUCCGUUGAGCUCUUCGACUGAAGCAACGAAAUUGGGAAACUCGUCCGUGCUCGCGUCAUCCACGAUCAUUCCGCACGCCACAUCGCAUUUGAGUUCAACGGUGAAGCCAGGCACAUUCACCUCAGAAGUUACCUCAUCAAAGCAGCCUCAAAGUUGGACCCGUCAAUGGACAUUUCAUUCUGACAUCAGCGCGACAGCAUCCUCGUCCUCGUCUACUCAGUCUUCAAGCAUUUCCGGUCCUAGCGCCGCGGGCUCUGUAUUAACCACGCAGACGCCACAGGUAGUAUCUUCUACGAGUCGAACAGAUGCCGAUCAGUUAUUUGGGUCUUCGGUCCCCUCAAGCGCAUUCCCAGCAGCCACAACCACAAUAUCUCUCGACUCCACUUCCCACGCUACCGUCAUAGUAUAUCCUUCAACGAGUCCUGGAGCUUUACCUGCGUUGCAGACAUCUUCAGAAACACCAGCUAUCGGUGACUCCACGAGUGCUUCUGCAAUAAUAGCUCCGUCAGGCUUCUCCGGCUCUCCUACAACAAGCGGAUACUCUCAAUCAACAAGCAGUGACGCUGUCGAGGGAAUCAUCAGCAAGUCUCUGUUUCUGCUUUCGAGCGCCUCGACAUUGACAAAUCACGCUGAGCCGGUGCAAACGUUGGCACCCACAACGAUCAUCCCGGGCAUCACUAUUGUCCCACUCGUACCGGCUGGAGAGAUUUUCACCGUGACACAGACUGUUACGGAAACGGUUACAGCUACUGUGCAUCAUUAGAGAUUUUGUCUGCACUUGAUUAAUCAGCCACUCGAAUUAGUACGGUUGAUUUGAAGUGCAAAGUUUACUCGGCGGCCGUGGUGUUGAAGUUUUAGACUUGAUUUGAAGCGUUUCAAUGCAUUGUGCGGCGUAUUGGAUAUAGGCU